UAUUUCGUACCGCGGUACGGGUUUUUCAAUUUUUUUUCGUUUUUAUGUGUUUAUAUGUGUUUUUUAUCCCCCUUGAUGCGCGCGCGGCGUAAAAUUUUAAAAAUAAACUUAAUUUUGAUUAAAAAAGUUAAUCCCCUCAAAUUCCAGCAUGCUCAUCCUGGCCUGCUGAUGUUGGUGGUGGUGUGUGUUCUUCAUGCACUUCUGGAUGGUGGUCUUCAACAUGCUCUUCUGGAUGGUGGCCUUCAACAUGCUCUUCAACCAGUGGUGGCGGUCCAACUUCAAUGGAUGUUUGGAGACGGCUGCUGACUCAACACAAUGGACGUCAACAUGGAUGGGCUGGUCAAUAUGCUUUAUGGUGGAAGGCGGUGUGGUCGUUUUUUAAUA